CCGUGCUCUGAGUGAUGCGUCUGGUUUUUGACCUGAUGUUCAGUCUGGACUUCUGCCUGUCUGUCUGGAGGGAAUCCGUCCUUUGAAUCCCCUGUUGGCAUCUUCGGUAGAAGCUGUAGAUAGCCUACUGGCUGAAGGACAACAUGAUCGGCUACGAGCGUCCCUCUCCAUUAGGCUUCGGGCCGGCUGGGAGGAGUGUGAUGGUUCCCGAGCUCCCGGUGCACGCACACACACACACACACCCGCUGACAGCCAUGCCUCAGAGAUACUCCCACCAGAGGAGGAAAGCCAGCACAGCAGCUGCUCGGAGGAUGGAAAGGAGACGCAGGGAGCAGGGGAAAACCAGCAACAACAACAACAACCCAACCACCAGCCACAGCCACCGCUCCAAGAAGCUGGCCAUGCUCUCCAGGUCCCUGAUCCUGUGUCACUCUAAGACUAAUGAUGACUGUCCAGAAGCGAGGCAUGCUGUGGAAGUGUCAGAUGGGUGCAGGACCUGGGCCCCUGGCUGCAGGACAGACGGGCCCGCUGGGGAUCAAACCCGGUACAAAGAUACAGAGAACGGACACUGGAGGACAACCCAGAACUCAGCCUUGGAGAGAAGAGGAGGCACUGAGGCGGAUCAUCCCAACACACUCCGGGAGAACAAACGGAGCAUACGGAGGUCCUUCAGCAUCAAGGAGAGUAGUAUCUGGAGGAUGUGUGUAGCCACAGGGCCCGCUGAGGAGCUGUAUGGACCACAAAUGGCUGAUAACAGCGUCCAGACAGAGGACAAAGGCACUAAUGUGGAGCCAGGGAGGAAUGGAGGGAACCUAAACAGAGGCUGCAGCUUCCCGAGCCCAGACAAGCUGGCACCCUUUAACGGACAAUUUGUAAAUGGCAGCACUUGGAUUGCAGGGGAGGGGAUGAGGAGCAUUCACAUUAAGGCCUUCAGUGAGGACAUUUCCACAUGUGAAGACACUCUCCAUUCAGUCAAUCUGACUACAAACCCACAGCACCCGGCCGUUAUUUCCCCAGCUGACUCUCUGUCAUUGCCUGGAUACACAGAUGAAAAACUUUUAGCCAACAUCAACCACCUCAAGUUACCCAUCCCAGAGGUAAAUGAGGAGAGUUGCUGGGACACGGAGAAGAUUGAGCAGAGCCCACCAGGACAGAUGGGCAGCAAUAGAACGCGCUCCAAUUCAACCAGUGUCCAUCCUUACUGGAUCGGGGAUCUGGACAGCAUCAUCAUGAAGACCCCAGAGCUGUAUAGCAGUCAUCCUCAAGGGAAUGGUGGUUUCUAUGGAAACAGGAAGUCUUUGUCCCAGCAGCUGGAGUUUCCUCACACCGCUACACAACCUGUUCCCCGUCCCUCCCGCUCUCUCAGCUCUGCCCAGCUGCUACACUCCUGCAACAACGUGCAAGCCUUCAUCAUCUGUAAUGUUGUGCUGAUGAAGGGUCACGGCAAGGGUCUGGGCUUCAGUAUAGUGGGCGGGAGGGACAGCAUGUAUGGACCAAUGGGGAUCUAUGUGAAGACCAUCUUCCCUGGAGGGGCAGCGGCUGCUGAUGGACGGCUGCAGGAGGGGGAUGAGAUCCUGGAGCUGAAUGGAGAGUCACUACAUGGUCUGACUCAUGAUGAAGCCCUGCACAAGUUCAAACAGAACAGAAAGGGCCUGCUGACGGUGGUGGUGAGGACCAGCCUGCGUGUGGGUGCCCUGAGGGGCCCAGUGCAGGCCGCUCAGCUGUGCAGGUCCCGCUCCCUCAGCUCCACCACGGGCAUGGCCCGGGUCAGCGCCGACAUGGGAGACUACAACUACCUUAACAACACGCAGAGUGUCCCGGGCCAUCCUGGGCCUGCUAAGCCCAGAGACCGCAUCAUGAUGGAGAUCAUCCUGCAGAAAGAGGCCGGUGUUGGUCUGGGUAUUGGACUGUGCUGUGUUCCAUCUGGUGACGGCUGCCCUGGGAUCUACAUCCACACCCUCUCUCCUGGGUCAGUCGCACACAUGGACGGCAGACUGCGGUGUGGGGAUGAGAUCAUGGAGAUCAACGACACUGUGGUUUACAACAUGGCGCUGAAUGACGUCUACACAGUGCUGAGCCAAUGUGCACCAGGUCCAGUCCACAUCAUCAUCAGUCGACACCACGACCCCAAAGUAUCAGAGCAGCAGCUGAAUGAUGCUAUCGCUCAGGCAGUGGAAAACAGCAAACUGAGAAAGGAUAAGAGCCAGUGGAGUAUCGAUGGGCUGCGCAGACUGGAACCCGGCUCUCACAGCCGGCAGAGAUGUGAACGCUGUCUGGAGAGGAGUUUUAGUCAGCUGACGGUUCGACGAGCACAGAAGGCAAUGACGCGCUCCUGUAGCGACAACACCACCAGCCACCAGCACAACCACUGCCUCACCAUACACAACCUCCACAAUGCACACCACAACCCAUCCACCCGCGUCCACAGCUUGGACACUCCCAAGUCAAUGAGAGAGACAUGGUCUGACAACAGACUGUCGGUGCCAGUGUAUCCUGAUGAAGACUAUAACGUCCCGUACAACUCUGCUGCUGCCAACCUGUCCGGUCAGCAGGCCCUUGAUCUGGCCCUCAGGGGCGAAAAGUCUACCUGCAGGUUGCGUGCUGCUCCACGGCGACACUGCUGGCCUCAGGAUGUGACCAGUGAGGAGGGUUAUAAUGGAGACUCCAGUGGCUCCAGCAGAGGAUCCCCAGUCAGAGAUGGAGGACUGGAGUCGUCAUCACACACCAGCUGCCAGGAAGGAGAACGAAUAAGAGAACAGUCAGAGGGGACAAGAGAAGAUUUGACAUAUCCAGACACUGCAGCCUGCACGAGUGACAGACUACACACAGGUGAUCAAUCCACUGUGCUCUGCUCCCAGCCGAAGAGAGGAGCCCUGAGGAGACAGGCUCGCGUUGACCAACAAACCCGAGAACAGCUUCAGGAGGAUCCCUGGGUUCGCCUGUCAGACAGCUCGCCUGAAGAGCUGCCCGAGAUCCACCGCCACCCCCGCCCCGACGCGGCAGACAGAACACAGCCGACUAACGUCCACAUCAAGCCCGCCUCCAUGGCUGACCAAGACAACAUGCCCGAGCUCAACGGCACAAACGGGACUACAGAUCCUCCAUCCGACACCACUCCCGAAAACACAUUUGAAACUCCUCCGGGAGCAAAGAUGGCGCCACCGGUGGCACCCAAGCCUGUCUGGUUCCGCCAGAGUCUGAGGAAACUUCGUGACGAGCAGGGCCAGAAGAAGCAAGCUAAAGCGGCCGAGCAGAGGCCUGCUGUGGUCUUCAGUAGAAGCUCCGGAGUCAGAUCGGCCUCAUCUGCAGCCAACCUGUCCAUCAAGCAGAAGAUCCACUCGUUUGAGACUUUUUCCAGUCCAGAGGGUCCAGAGAAGGGGGGGAACAGGAGGCCUGUGGCCCCGUCCGCCUCUCUCCCUGUGGAGAAGGAGUCCGGGAGUCCCCCUUUCUCACUUGGAGAUUGUGGGAAGGGUGAACAUAAAAUCCCAGAAGAGAUCCAGGCAUCUGUUAGGGAGACAGACAGCACGCAUGUCUCUGCUAUCACCUCCUCCGCUUCUGAAGCUUCUAGUCAAACAACAGCCAAGGAAACUGAAGAUGAACCUCCGUCUAUCCAAUCCCCCACAGAUCUCCCACUUUCUGAAACCAUCAGCAAGGAACUGGACUCAGGGAUACAUGAUUCUGAUUCAGCUCCAGUCCAUGAUGACAGGAAUGUCUUUCCAUCUAAACAGGAGUGUGAGCUAGAGAGAGAGCAUCUUACCAGGUCCACAGAGUGUGAAGUCUUGCCCCCUGUGACAUCUGUAAGUUCCAGUGAAGCUGAAGGGGAAAGUCCUCCAGAGGGGACAGAGGAAUAUGGAGCGCAGAGCCAAGGAAAGCUGCCGACUCCAGCCACAGACAGUAACGCCCCGAGAGGCCUGGAGGGAGAAAGUUUAGAGAGAAUCCUCGCCUUCAGUAACCAGGUUUCCCAAGCGUUGAUGCGCUCCCUACCCCCAUACCCCUGCCAUGGUAACCCUCGCACCCCAGACCUGCAGGACCCCAUUGCAGAGGAUUUCGCCGACCCCGGCCUGGACAGCAGCGACAGAGGCUUCUCUGUCAGCCUGGCCACGCUGAGGGAGUGUACCAUUGAGCGAGGGGAGGGGGGGUCUCAAGACCAGGCAGCACCCACUUCUGCUUGUGCUCACUCGCUCAUCUCAACCAUCCCCUCACAGGAAAUACAGAGGAUGAUCCAGGAAGUCCAAGAUCUGGAUGAAGAGACGCUGAAGCAACUGGUGGACAUCCAUGUUGUGAGUCUGCAUAAAGAGGAGGGAGCUGGGCUAGGAUUCAGCAUCGCGGGAGGCUCGGACCUGGAGAGCAAAGCUCCGACAGUGCACAGAGUGUUUCCCAGUGGCCUGGCAGCUCAGGAGGGCACCAUCCAGAAAGGAGAUGAGGUGUUGUCUAUAAACGGACAAACACUGCGCGGCUUGACACACACCGACGCCACCGCCGCCCUGCGCCAGGCCCGCAGUCUCAAGCUGGCCGUGGUGGUCGUCUGCAAGAGGGCCGAGGAAGGAAGAGAGGAAGGCUGCAGGAGCGAAGAGCCCCACCCUGCAGAGGAGGAGCAGGGAGCUCCGGUGAGUGUGGAGCUGGAGAAAACAGCUGGAGGAGUUGGCUUCACUCUGGAGGGAGGAAAAGGCUCCAUCCAUGGAGACAGACCUUUGGUCAUCAACAGGAUCUUUACAGGCGGAGCAGCAGAGCAGAUUGGUCUGCAGCGUGGAGACGAGCUGCUGCAGGUCCAGGGAGUCAGCCUGCAGGACAUGACUCGCUUCGAGGCCUGGAACAUGAUCAAGGCUUUACCUGAAGGAGCCAUCACCGCGGUGAUCCGGAGGAGGCAGGGGGGGGCCGAAUGACACACACACACACCACACAGCUGUUUGGAGCCUCUUACGGAUGAAUGAAUGAAGAGGCCAAAGAAAAAGAAAAGAAAAAAAAGAGAAAAAACAACAGCACACAGAUGUUGGCCUUUUAUUACCAGUCUCAUAAAACUUGGAAACAAAUACUGCACUCAAUUUAAAAAAAAAAAAAAGCGUUUCAGACCCACGGCUCCUUUACAUAAAAUAGUCCAGAUGGAUUAUUUUAUUAGUAUUUUCUAAAUAAACUGUGAUGCCAAAGCACAAGCAGAGUGCGGGAUUUGUUCCUUUAUUUCCAAGUUGAUUGGUUCAACAACUUCUUGAAUACAUUUCUAGUAUUUUUAUAUCACAUUUCUGAUUAGAUAUUGAAGUUUAUUAAAUGGUCAGUUCACCUAUAACCCACUUAUACCGGUAACUCGCCGUGUGUCCCAAUUCCUGUGAAUAAGUCUCAGGUUUGUGGGUUAUCCUGCGUACUGCUGUUUUGUUUACAUUGAAAUUAGAUUUCUAGAGUUGUUGAAUACAGAGCCCAGCCUCUGUCAUGGGGGAAAAUUAAAACGAAUGUAUGCACACAAAUAAAUGAGUCACGCUCUCAAAUUAAUAAAUUGCGCGUCCAAAUGACUAAAUGUUGUCCUCAAAUUACUAAAUUUGUACACUCAUAUUAAGGGAAAUCAAAGAUAACACAAUGGUGUUCAACAGGCAAACUAGUCUCCACAGCAUUGUGGAGUAGGCAGAGACGGUUGUUCUGCAAAAUAGUCUCGUGAAGGAAGUUUUUUUGGUGGAACAUUUGCAACGUGAGCCAUUUAAAUUAGCUGGAUACAUAUCGGAAUAGCGGCAUGUCUGAAUAGAAGCAUGUCGGAGUGGCGGCAUGUCGGACUGGCAGCAUGGAACCGCCCCUGUUAAUUCUGCCAGCAUUAGACUACACAGUGGUGUAUGUGACCAGUAUUACUGAAACAACAUCCAAUGUACUAGCAUCACAACAGUACAAAAAGUGUUGAGGGGACAGGGGCUAAUGUAACGAAUGUGGUGACCAAAAAGACAUUAAUGUAAAGGAAUAUAUUCACAGUGCUAGAGUUAGCACUCUGGAUGCUCGUCAGUAACUGAUUGGAGUACACACAACACACUGUAACUUCACUUCCCACUGCUACAUGUCUUUUUAUUGGCAGAUUAGAUUGUCAGGUCAUGGGAAAUUUUAUCUGCUUAGAUUUAAUGCAGUUUUGUUAAAGGCUAUGUAAUGUUUGACCUCCCUUGCUUAUAUGUUUAAUACUAUGUUCUGUUAAAGCUAUAGUGCGUAGUUUCUGUCGCCCCCAUGAGUAAUGACAACAAAACUGUCUGUGCGUCCACAUGAUGCUUCAGAGUAGCAUUAAUCCCGUCAAAUCAAGGAGAACACGGAGGAUUAAAAAAACCUGAUGGACUCUUCAGAAGAGGUAAUGGUAGUUUUUAUGUCACCUUAGUCUCCAACGCUGAACGAUCUUUCUUAGCGGUGACGUAAAACGCAUCACUCGAGCUUCUGCGCACAAAAUUUGCCGGAUGACACUAUCUUCUGAACGUAGCCAUACUGAGAAAUACAGAGAGAGUUGUGUGGUCUUAAUUAGCCAAUGGCUUGAAUGUAACGGAUGUUCAUCAAUAUAAAAUAAUCACGCACUACCUAAUUUGUGCACAUGAAUUAACUAAUUUGAGAGCAUGAAAUAUUCUUUGUGUUGUGUAUUUGUAAUUUAAAUAGCCUAAUUUUCUUUUAAUUUCUACAUGACAAUCGCCACCUCUUUCGGCCUCUCAUUGGAAAGCUGUUCUUUGUUAACUAUGUCUAGAAUGAGGUGGUGAAUACAUAAGUUUCCUAGAAUAUUUCCUUAAAAGUUUAUAUUUGCCAAUACUUUGUCUAAAUAAGAGGCUUUUCAUUUAAAAGGCCAGAUAAAUGUGUACCAAGCAGUUUUAUCCGCUCUAUCCGUCACCCUACGAAAAUAGCAAGCAACUAAUCAGGCCACAUGAGUCCCAUGACAUAUCAUGAAAAACUGAUUUUAGCUAAUGUGAGUCAGGUGGUCGGUUUUCUCUCCCCUCGCUACAACAGCUGCCUUACUAAUCAGUCUCCAAGUCUGUAAAAUGGCUCAGUCUGACUAGGGCUGGGUACCGAAUUCAAUACUUUUUUAGGCACCAACCGAAUUGCCUCCUUAGUGUCGAGUAUUGAUAAAAAUGCCUCGUCAUUCGAUACCCAAUUUCAAAAUCUAAGGAGUAAGUCUUGUCUUGUAAGUCUUGAGAGUGAGCCAAUAAGCAUGCAGCAUGCUUCUACCAGGAUCUACUAAUACUGCUCAUUGGCUGUCUAACAUUACAAAACUCUACUUUACGCAAAGAGACUGGGCUCACGUAGUAGGAGAUGAAAAAAAUGAAAAAGGAUUUGUGCUGUAAUAUUGUAAUUUCUUUUUGUUAAAAUAGAUUUUAUAAUAUUGGUAUUGAAAAAAGUAUUGUUUAAGAACCGGUAUCGAAGUCACGGAAUUGGUAUCGGUAUUGAAAAUAUUUUUUAACGAUACCCAGCCCUAAGUCUGACUCGGUUCAGACAUUUGCACAAUGGGGCGCCAGGGAAGCUCACCUGGUAGAGCGUGCGCCCAUAUAUAGAGGCUCAUUCCUCGACGCAGUAGCCCGGGGUUUGACUCUGACCCUUUGCUGCAUGUCAAUCCCCCUCUCUUUCCCCUUUCAUGUCUUCAGCUGUCCUAUACAAAUAAAGGCCUCAAAAAUGUAAAGAAAUUAAACAAAUCUGAAGGAGAAGGGAAGGCCUAAAGGAGAUCAGUCACAAUAAUGCAACAACUGUACGUAACAAUGCAACCCAAUAAAACAGCCCAGUAACACAUCUGUGCUGCCGUUGUACUGGAUUGAUCCAGAUUGUGAAAUGUUUGAGGUGCAGGUGUUCAAUAGGUGUUUUUAAUGCUCCUGUGUGUUUAGUCUGUAUGGUAUGAAAAACUAAAUAUGCAGUCACGUGUCCAAGAACAGAAGUAUAUAUAUAAGAUUAAACAUCUAUUUUUUUCUCAGCAGUGGUACUGUAUGUAUAGGAAUCAAAAGAUCAAACAGUGUUAAGCACUUUUGUUGACUCGCUAGCUUUGAGUUUGACCCUCCUGCAACCUCAGUCUGUAUCUUAACUGGAAUGUUAUGGAGUUGUAUUUGUGUUUCAAUUCUGAGCCUGCAAUGGGACAUCUUGAGCAUAGAAAAAAAGUAUAUACAUUCAGUUUUGUAGAGAAAUGAUCACUCAUUCCGUCCUAAUAAAUGUCAUAUUUAUAUUAUCCACAAACAUGCACAACCAUAACUGUAAGCAAGGAAUUUGAUGCAGGGAAAAUGUGCAUUUUGUUCACUUACAUUUUUAAACAAGCACAGAACAGAUACAAUAGUCUGUGUGGUAAUACAUUCUCUACAAAAUCUAUUUGUGCUCAAAGUCCCAUUGUGCACUCAGGAUUAAGACCCAAAUAUAAUACCAUAGAAUGUCUUUGUAUGCAACCACAAAAAAAAAAAUUUUUCUAUUACGGUAGCCUAAAAUAUAUAAAUUUACAAAACAGAUAGUCACUUACAUCUGGUGUAAGAAUAAAAAAGAAAUACUUGUAUAAAAACUGA